GGCCGGGCCUGACCAAUGACCAUAGGCGCCCUGGUCUGGGCGGCCCUGCUGGUUCAGGCGGAUAGGGAGCAGGAGGAGGAGGAGGAGGAGUGUUGGUCGGCGGAUCCUCAGUCAAAGCUCCGGAGUACCAGCGGCAGUUUGGGAGCGCCUCAGCGGGGAAGUCUGCGUCCAAUACGGGAGAAGUCAAAGGGGGAAUCCGCCAUGAGUUGGGGAACGGAGCUCUGGGACCAGUUUGAUAAUCUGGACAAACACACUCAGUGGGGGAUCGACUUCCUUGAGCGCUACGCAAAGUUUGUCAAGGAGAGGCUGGACAUAGAGCAAAACUACGCCAAGCAGCUACGGACCUUGGUGAAGAAAUACUGCCCAAAGCGCUCUAAAGACGAGGAGCCGAGGUUCACAUCAUGUCUGUCCUUCUACGCUGUGCUGAACGAGCUCAACGACUACGCGGGUCAGAGGGAGGUGGUGGCGGAGGAGAUGACCCACAAGGUGUACGGCGAGCUCAUGCGGUACAGCCAGGACCUGAAAGCUGAGCGCAAGCACCAUCUACAGGAGGCCAGGAAGGCCCAGCAGCAUUUGGAUCAUUGCUGGAAACUGAUGGACAAUAGUAAAAGGAAGUUUGAGAGAGAGUGUAAAGAAGCAGAGAAAUCCCAGAUUACCUACGACCGGUUAGAUAAUGACAUCAAUGCCACCAAAUCGGAGGUGGAGAAGGCCAAGGCCCAGUUCUACCUGCGCACUCACAUGGCCGACGAGAGCAAGAACGAGUACGCCGCCCAGCUGCAGAACUUCAACGGCGAGCAGUGGAAACAUUUCAACAACGCCAUACCACACAUCUUCAAGAAUUUGCAGGACAUGGACGACCGGCGGACGGUGAAGCUCGGAGAGACGUACCGGAGCUUCGCCGAGGCCGAGCGGAGAGUCAUCCCCAUCGUCUCCAAAUGCCUGGAGGGGAUGGUGUCCGCUGCCAAGGCGGUGGACAUGCGACGGGAUUCAGCCAUCGUCGUGGAGUCCUUCAAGUCGGGUUUCGAACCUCCGGGCGACUUCCCCUUUGAGGACUUCAGUCAGAAUCUGAGCCGAACCGGAUCCGACGGGACAAUCAGCAACACGCCCAAAGGAGACAAGGACAGGGACAGGGAGGGCCCCCCCGCCUCACGAACCGACCCGAAACACCCCAUGAGCAGAACCAAGAACAAGCUGUGGCUGUUUGGCAAGAAGCCCAAGUCCCCUUCCUCCCUUCCUCCUCCACCACCUUCCUCCUCCUCCACCUCCCGCUCCCGGUCCGCCUCCCACAUUUUCCCUCCACCCCGGUUCAGCACUGAUUUAGUGAGCCACUAUCUUGCUGAGAAAAAGACUACAGUACCCAGAAAACCCCAGAAUGUGAGGGGCCUGAGGAAAGGGGCCCCAUCUCUGGAGGAUUUCAGCCACUUACCCCCCGAGCAGAGGAGGAAGAGGCUGCAGCAGAGGAUCGACGAACUCGCCAAAGAGCUCCAGAAAGAGAUCGAUCAAAGAGAUGCCCUGAACAAGAUGAAGGAUGUGUAUGAGAAGAACCCACAGAUGGGAGAUCCCACCAGCCUGCAGCCCAAGAUAUCGGAGACCAUGUGUACCAUGGAGAAGCUGCGCUCGGAAAUCCACAAAAACGAGACUUGGCUUUCGGAGGUGGAGGGAAAGCAGAGCUCCAGAGGAGACCGAAGACACAGCGCCGACAGCCACCAUCACACUCCCCAGGGCAGAGAGAGCCCCGAGGGCAGUUACACCGACGACACCAGCCAGGAGCAUCAAGCGCCUCAACAGCGGCCCAGCCCCCCGAAGCCCGGGCAACCGCACCCCGACACGCACGAGUUCGACGACGAGUUCGACGACGACGACCCGCUGCCCGUCAUCGGGCACUGCAAAGCGCUCUACUCCUUCGACGGUCAGAACGAGGGCACCCUGGUGAUGGCAGAAGACGAGGUGCUGUACAUCAUCGAGGAGGACAAAGGGGACGGCUGGACCAGGGCGAGGAAGCAGAGCGGCGGGGAGGGCUACGUGCCCACGUCCUACGUGGAGAUCACCAUGGAGAGGAACAGCAAAGGUUCCUGAGGGCUGCAGGGUGGCCGGGCGAUUUGAUUGGCUGGUGGAGGGCUCACGCUGAUUGCUGAUUUUUGGUGUUUGUGGUGGUGGUGUUGGUGGGGGUGACGCUAUAAAGAGAGUAAUAUGGGGCGAGAGAGAGAGAGAGAGAGAGAAAGUAGAGGCAGGUUUGCAUGUGUGCAUGCUCACUUAUCCAUAAUCGGCCAAGCAUUGUGUGUUAGAGGAAGGUCAGAAGAGUCAUAAGUAGAAGAGUAGAUGGCCUUAAAGCCAAAGAAAAGACGCUGUUAUUGUUUCAAACGGGUCGCCAUUAGGGGAGUUUCACCAGGACCUGCACACAUUUCUUCAAGCUGUUAAAAGCUCAACGUGGUCAAAUCUUUUUUUGUCAAACGUCAAGAAUGGACCCUCAAAUUUAAGAUAAAAUCAUUUUUCGAACAUGAAUAUUCUCUGUAUCAGACAGCAAACGGGUCACUCUAGGUCCAGGUUAGAGUAAAUUAAUUGAUUUCACUGUUUUUUUAGGGUCACCUGUGCUUACAUUAUUAAUGACGUCAUUGCUGCACUCGUUUCAUCGUCGUCGUCAUCAUCAUCAUCAUCAUCUGUGCUCUGUUGGUGAUGUCUGCCUGCCUGCCUGCCUGAGCCACUCUGCUCCUCAUGCCUGCCUUCACCCUCAUACAGUUGCAUGUCCAUGAGUGGGCCUUUUUUAAACUGUGCCUUUUUAACUGCAAGUUCACAAAUGUGCGUGUGCGCCGUGGCCGGGCUGCGUGUUGGAUGCUGUCAUAUUUGAAUGGGCAUGAGUAUGAUCUAUGGUCUGUGCGUUCAAUGCUACUCGGAUUGACUCAUUAAACAGAUACACCUACGAUCAGGUGCACACAGGGCCCCUCUCUUCCUCUUUCUUUCUCUUUCCACGUGUCCCGGUUGUUCCCGGGUUGUAAUACCACCAGGUGACCAGCAGGUGGGAGCCUUCCCUCGCCUCAAAGCGGCUCAGGCCGGACUGAGCAGCGUUUUAAUGACACCAAAACAUGAGGAGGAGCUCCGGUGUCUUUGGAGUCAGACUCUGCCUUCAACCCAGUGUUGUUUGACUAGAGGGAUUUUUGCCCACAUAUCUGGACGUCUGUCCUUAAGCCUGACGACAUCUCCCAUCAGCCACCUGGGCUCAGCCUCAACCCCCCUGGUGACUCUCGAGUGCAUCUCCAUUAAAAAAAAAAUCGGUUGUUUUUGUGAAUGUGAUGACACAGUAGACAUGUAUCCACACACGUAGGCAUGGUUACGGAAGCCUGUUUGGCCCUCCGCUUAAUUCGCAAACAUGUGUGGUCUGUUACACGUGUGACGGUUGUUUUUAACGUUGAAUGAUUUUUACAUAAUAACAUCUUUAAUGUCAUGCUGAAUGUGUUUCCAUGGUGAUUGUUUUUAGGUUUGAAUUGAACUGAUGCACUUUGCCCUGAAGUACUUCAGCAUUAGAAACUGAUUAAAUGGCCGAGGUGAAGAGUAAAUAAAUGAAUGAGGUUCUGCGUUGUGAACUCUCUAAAUGACCACUGUGCAGCGGCGAGACCCCAAAACGAGUCCAGCCCCUUUUUCUUGACUUUUAUACUCUUUUUGUAACUCUGCAGACAAUGACCAACAUUCUGUUUUGCAUCAUUUUCUAAAUUCUUUGAAUUCAUUUUUUCCCUCUGCUGAGCGUUUCUUAACCAUUUUACUGAAUUGUUUUCAAGAGACCAACACAACUGCACACCUGAAGUGAGGUUUGACUCCCUUUUGAAGCUAUUUAAGACGACCGGCUGGCUGCUUGUGGACCUCUUCAGCAGCUCCGCUGUAGUCAGUGUGUGAACUGUGAAUUGUACAGGGUGAUGCUGUCGGUGUUGUUACUUGAACUCUGGUUGCGCUUUCUCCACAUUCUGCUCAUGGAUCUGUGAUGAUUGUUCGUCGGCCAAAUGGUCAAAAGUUGAGGCAAACUUGACAUUUUUUGCAUAUUGUACGGAUUAAAAUGAAGAACCCAGGACAGCUCUUUGCCCCCCCGUGUCCAGUUGUUGUGCUAAGCUACGCUAACCUGCUGCUGGAUGUGACUUCUGAGUUGCAGCACAGAAAUGAGAGUGGCGUCAAUCUUCUGAUCUACUGUAGCUCUGCAAGGAAGGGCAUAUUUGCAAAAGUGAAAGUGAUCCCUGUCUAUUCUGUCAGUUUUUUUUCUUUCUUUUUGUGAUGAUGCCUUUGCAGACCAGAUCCAUCGGUGCUUUGUCUUUUUUCUACACAAAUGACAUGUCAUUUAGUUGAGGCUUUUAUCCAAAGCGACUAACAAGAAGUGAAUUUCAACCACAAGGAUACAAACUGCAGCUGCUAGCAUGCAUGAUUCCUAAAAUCCAACUUUUUUUUGAAGGUUUAACUAGAAUAUACGACGUUUGCAUAUUCAAUGUUUUUGUUUGACUGGUUCAGCUGUGACUUUUUUUUUAAUCAUUUGUAUUCGUUUAGUCUAAAAUAUUUUGAGUGAAAUAGUAAUUAAUGCCUAUUCAAAAGUCAGCCGAUGUCUUCCAGUGUUGGUUUGGUUCAACAAAAAGUCCAAAACACACACAUUUAGUUUAUAUUGACGGGAGAAAGGCAGUGGCUUUGAGAUUUUUAGUUUUUGCUAAUAGAAGAAAAGA